AUGUCUGUAUGUAUAUACAUAGGCGUAUAUUGUCUAUAUGACAGCUUUGUUCAGUUUAACUGGUUCUUUGUACUAUUUCUGUGUAUGAGUGAAUACGAGGCUAAGGGGGACAAGGCUAAUCGGCGGAGCUGGUUUAAUCCAUUCCCAGACACAGAUUCGGCACAGGAUAACUAUACCUUGGCAGCCAACACAUUUAAGCGUGAACAAAAAUGGGGCGAUUCUGCUAGAUGUUUCAUAAAAUCAGCCACCAUUUUUGAAAACAAUGAUGAACGCUUAUCAGCUUCCAGAAGUUAUGUGGAAGCUGGUCAAUGUUUGAUGAAGAUGAAUGAUCCAGGUUACAUAAACUGCUAUUUAUCGGCCAUUAGUCUGUAUGACAAGAGCGGUCACUUUGGCCAAUCAGGAAAACUUUACAAGGUAUUAGCUGAAAAGUACACAUCUGAGGGCAAAUAUAACAAUGCAAUUGAUUAUUACAAAAAAUCUGCUGAUUCAUUUUCACUAGAUGAAUACAGCAAAUCUAAUUAUUCUCAAGUCAUAAUGACAUAUGCUGAGCUGAUAGCUCAAUAUCAAGAAUCCUACUUUGAAGCUAUGAAAAUAUUCGAAGAUGAGGCUAAAAAAGCACUUGAUAAUAGACUAUUGCAAUAUGGUGCCAAAACUAUACUUUUUAAAGCAGGACUACUAUCAUUAGCAUUAGGGGACGUAGAUAAUGGACAAGUUGCAUUUGAAAAAUAUAUACAUAUGGACUCCCGUUUCCAACACUCUAGGGAGGCGCAAUUUUUGAAUGGUAUACUGGAUAGUAUGAACAAUAAGGAUUUUGAACUCUUUAGCAAAAGUCUGGAGUCUUACGAACAAAUCGCUACAGUUUCUGCAUGGGAAAGGCAUUUUAUCGAUAAAAUCAAGAUACAUCUUUCUUCAUUUGCUUCUGCCGAUACAAUUUUUAAUCGUAAGAGUGUAGCUGCGGAGGAGGACGAGUUUCCAGAUUAUUGCGGAGAGGGAGGCGGAGAUGUAGAUCUUAUGUGA